AAAGACUUCAGACUAAGCCUUCACACAACGCAUCUGCCUGUUACUGAUAUCGUUUAUCCUGCAAGAAAACAAUGGCCGUUAUCAAGACUACCUUACUGCUGCUGCUCGUAGCAUUCGCUAUGGUGGCUAUGACAGAGGCCGCCACUCGUGUCGUGCAGUGCGACCAGCUCUGCAGCAUUAUUGACAAGCCCGGGAAAAACGAGUGCUGCAAGACCUACGGAUAUAACGGCUGGAGCAAUUGUAAUGGCGGAAGAUUGUACUGUUACUAACAGCUCAAACGUCAGCAACGCAUCGUCAGCGACCUACUGUCCGUUGCCAAAACUCACUGACUAAUCAAGUUUCAAGUAUUUUGAAUGGAAUUUACCGAUACUGGAUUCUUUCAGUUGAAUGAAUAUAAUAUGUCUUUUUUUUAAACAUUUGCGUUUCUGAUUAAAAUAAAUUAUCUUUCUAUGUUA